GUGGCGCUUUCUAAACUUAGACCCCGGGCUCCUGGAGCUGUGACGUUGAUGGUGGAAGGGGAGAAGAGAGCUAGAAGGGAGCCUACGUCUAGCUCUUCCCUUUACCCUUCGUUUCGCAGUAGAGCGAAAGUUCUGGACGCCGCAGCGGCACGCCAGAUCUCGCCGGGGGGUUGCCUGCGAGCACGCACUGCGGCGCGAGAGAGUAUCGCUCGUCCAUAAAUACCCCGAGGGGGGUGCCGCUUCGCCAUGGACAGAUCGCCCUGGUCCCGAGGAGACGUGCCCGAGUCGCCGAUGGCGCGCAGCGAGAUCGUCAUUCCGAUCCACUCUCUGCAGAGCGUUCCGCAAGAGUCGUACCGGACCGAGGUGCGCCGCCACGUUCAGCAAGUCCUCGAGCGAGCCGCCGCGCGGCCCGAACACGACCUGCGCCGCGAGCUGAGCACGAUGUUCAACAGGUUUCCCAUGAGGUCGCGGCUGCUGUACGGCUUCGACGACUUCGACGACUUCUUCCGCGACAUCGUGCCAGCUCCCACGUUCCCGUCCUUCGAAAAGGCCUUCCGUGAAGUCAAGACCACCGUUGACGAGCACAACAAGCUCCUCAUGGAAGUCGACGUGCACGAGUACGAGCCCGAGGAGAUUACGGUCAAGGCCAUCGACGGCCGCCUGCUCGUACACUGCAAGCGCCAGCGCGCCGGGUGCACCAAGGAGACCCACCGCGAGAUCUCGCUGCCCGAUGGCGUCGACGUCGAGAGCAUCACCUCCAACCUCACCGCCGACGGCAGGCUCAAGAUCAGCGCACUUCUGCCGGGUGCGUACGGCUCACAAGUGCAGCCUGUCCAACAUGCCACGGCCGAGCCCGAGGGAGACCAGAAGGCCGAGGCAUACCUGUACGUCAACGACUACUGAGCGAGUGGCGAGAGAUUUAGACGCGGUGGGGAGACUGGGGUCGGAUUUCACUCUGAGGAGGCCUCGGGCUGAAAUCCGAACCGACCUCCCUGCUCGAUAUUUUCAGUGCUGCGAUGCCGGGGUUGGCAGCGACGUUAGAUAUUUCGUAUUUCCGACGCAGCAGCACGCGCCGAGCCUGUUUCAAGAAGGUGUACCUUCGAUUCUCGUGCUCUUACCAUAGCGGGCUGUAGAUCUUCAAGGUGCACAAAACAUUGUCAGUCACCCCAUGAAGAGCGCUUCACCAUAUCCUCAAUGGGUUUCCUAACUGAAGCUAAUGACAGUGCUUAAUUAACUGCUAUUAUUUAUCUUGAAAGAGGCUCAUGUCUCAAGUGCCGUACUCUAUAGGUUGUAGUCUGCCCACAAGUUCAUCUGUGGAAACGCAUCUACUCAGUAUGGAACACGAUUAGGUUCCUCAAAUUAAGUUAUGAUAAUGGAGGCUCUAAACCACGGCGCCUGGAUGCCUUUACGAAGAGGGCCUAUGUAAAUUACAAGUUGCAUUGAAUUGCGAACAGAUAUCAAAAUGCCACAGUUGUAUUUGCAUUUCCUUCAUUUACGCCGAAGCACUUCACCUUAGCAUACAGUGACUUGUAAUAUUGCGUAAAUGCUAGCGCCAGUUGCGUCUUUUUUUCCACUCAUGACCAGUAUAUCACCUAGAUAUUCCUAUGAUGAAAUUUGCGGUCGUGCUGCAAAUGUUCUGGCAAAGACACACAAGGACUCAUUUAAAAAGCAGGGAGAGAGGGACCGGUGCGGUAAAUUUGUGUGUCUGAAUUUUUGGCAUGCGUUCGGGCGUCUUACCCUCUGUGUUUUUUCACCGAACCAACAAAUUCCCUGUCGCGUUUCCAAAAGCCUUUUCUAUCAAGCUACCAAAGAAAAAAGCAGUCGUUAGCACGCACGUCGCUCUCCCACAUCACCAUGUAGUUUUACGGCUUGCGAAAUCUUACCAGAACCAUUCACAGCACAACUUCCAAAUAUAUCUAUUAGUACACGAAGUAGCCACGAGGCUUGUUUUUGUGCGCCGGACUUCACUGAUAGUAGGGGUGCGCGAAUAUUCGAAAUUUUCGAAGAACAACUCGAAUAUUUCCCUACUCUAUUGCCUCUUCCAAUCGAAUAGUUACUAUUCGUGAUUAAGAAUAUUUUUCGGCUAGUUUUCAAAUAUUUCAAAUCGCCAACUGUACGCGAUCGAGCAACAAAUUUGAGCAAAUGUCCGACAAAUUUAAUCCUGGCGGCCAUAGUAUAGACACGAAGCACGACAGGUUACGUCUGGUUACGUAGUGGAGCACGCUCAAUUUUUCCGGCUAAACCGCAGCCAUGCCUACUCACCAAUGAGCCCCGAUUAUGCGAACAAACGGAUAAUUCGGUCUUGAAAAUCCCUAUUCGCACACCUAAUUGACAGCGAUGACGACGACGCCCCGCUUGACAAUGCACAUUGUCGACGUGUUUCGUGCUGUGACCUGCAUUGUCAAGGUGAAUUAUCGUGUUGCACGCACCAACGGUGGCGAAUGAUAGCGCCAUGCGCCGGUGAAUCAUAAAUCAGCUACAGAAAGGGCAAGUGCUACUCGCAAACUGCGUUUAAGAUCUGUUAAACGUCUUGCAGCAAAAACUCAGUCGUAACUGGCAUUCCUCCAAUACUUUUUUUUAACCUUUUGACCUUUUCUCUUCUUUUUUUUUACUUACCCACACUUGUUGGCUUGGAGUCUCCAUAAUGUUAAAUAUGCGACAUUGACAUCAAGUAAAGUUCUCGAUGUAUGCAAUUGCGUCAAAUGAAUACGCUUAGUGUUCGAUAGUGCCUUGUGAGUCAUGUAUAAUUCAGGGAAAGAAAGAAUUAUUGUAGGUGCAUGCAGAUGAGAAUAAAUGUGAUCGAUGUAACAUGCAAGAAGUGAAAGAAAAUUGUAAAUGGACGGGACGUUGACAGGUGCAGUCUUUAUUGAUACCUGCUCUUUGUACUUGAAUUUUCACCUAGCAUAUAUAGCACUUCUGCGUUAUGUUGUUUAAUGUAGAUGCUUUUGUUCUCUUUUUUUUUUUUUUUUUCUCCUGCUUUCUCUUUCUUCUAUUGAAGCAACCCAGACUGAACUAUGAAUAUUGUGAACACAUCCGUAUUCUGGGUUAACUUGAUUUGUGUACUAUAUGCCAAAAAUUCUAUCUGUGCUUUACAAGAGACGAAUGUUUCGGCUCUCCCUGCUGUAAAAUAAGCGUCACCUAAGACUGUUAUUUUUCAUUUUUGCUCCCACAUCUCUUUUUGUACAAAAGUAUAAAAGUUUACAGAAUAAAUAAACUGUUGUUUUCACGUU